GUCCCGGGGCCAUUUCCGGGGGCGGGGAGCGUAGGCGAGCGACUGAGUCCGCUUUUCUUUUCAGUGCGGCCAACGCGGAAGUUCGGGAACUGAGGCUUUGGCAGGUGCUUUGGCAGGUACUGGGGUCCCUGCGCGGCGUCGGGAGCCAAAUGGACGCGCGCGCGGCGGUGGUUGACGGUCCGGACGGUCCCCGGGAGCGACGAGGCUUGGGUGAGGCUGGCAGGCAGCAGCAGAACCACCAUGUGCAGCCUCAGUCUGGGACAAACGGGCUUCCCAAACCAUCGUACUGGUUGGAUCUCUGGCUCUUCAUCCUUCUAGAUGUGGCGUUGUUUUUAUUCGUGUAUCUUUUGCCCUGACUGGUUUGCUGAUACCUAAAUUAAGAAGUUGACAUCUGGAGUGGAAUCUGAAAAUGACUACAGACUUCUUGAAUAAAGAAGACGGGAAUUGUGUUGCGGCAGAAUUUCAGACCUCUAAGGGAACUUCUUUUCAUUUUACACAUCUGUUAAGUCAUUUGGAAAACUACAUUAAAUGGAUUGUAAUCUCACUCACUCAUACCUAAGUUCUUAAACUGGACUCUUCAGUUCAUGUUUAAAAAUUUUCAGACAUCUGAUAGUGUCACAUGAGCUGAAUAUAAAAAUGUUCAUAAAAUAAAAAUGUCAUUCCUGUAAGACUUUAAGGGUUUAAUAUGAUACAGAUAAUAUGAAUAAUAAUGUGAGGUAUUUAAAGUAAAUUAUUGAAGGAGGGAAAGAUUUUGAGAGAAGUGUUCUUGGAAUGCAUGGACUCUAUAAAUAACACAAAAACUAUACAGAAAAUGUAAGCCCACAAUGUUGGCCCUAAAUACUCUUUAAUUAUAGAUGAAGUUGGACUAUUAUGAAAUGAUGUCAUAACUGAUAGGUUGACAGGGUCUUGAAGUAGAUAACAAAUAUUAGAAAUUUAGCAUGCAUGUCCUUUUGUAAACUGAAUCCUCUCCCUUAAUUCCUUUUAAACUCUUGAGCUCCCUGAAAUAGGAUUAUGCAUUUCAAACCUCUUUUUUAUUGUUGUUGCUUAGUGUUUGUGGCCAAAACAUAUUUUUAUAAUGUCUGUAGCUUAAAUUUCAGGAAAUCUGCAUAUUUACUCAUUCAACAGUUGCUUGAGCCUUCUAUUGACUAAGAAUUUUAUUUAUUUUUAAUUUGAGGCAUAGUGACACAAAGAGAGCAGAGUGCCCGUAUCCAAUCCCAUCACUCCUCAGGUGCCUCCAACAGCUGGUACUGGGCUGGGCAGAAACUCAGUUCAGGUCUCCCUUGGGGGUGGCAGGAACCCAAUUACUUGAGCCAUGACUGCUGCCUCUGAGAGCGUGCACUAGUGAAAAGCUGGAGUCAGGAGUUUGUAUCAAACCAAGGCAUUCUAUUAGGGCAUGUGGGUUUCCUAGCUGCUAAACCAAAUACAUGCUUCUAUUUUUUUUUUUUUUUUAAGAUGUAUUUAUUUGAAAGGCAGUUAUAGAGAGGCAGAGAGAGAGAGGUCUUCUAACUGCUGGUUCACUCCCCAAAUGGCCACAACAGCCCUGGAACUGUGCCAAUCCAAAGCCAGGAGCUUGGAGCUUCUUCCAGGUCUCCUACAGAGUGCAGGGGUCCAAAGACCUGGGCCAUAGCAAGAGAGCUGGAUUGGGAGUGGAGCAGUCGGGACUCAAACUGUCGCCCAUAUGGGAUGCUGGCACUGCAGGCAAUAGCUUUACCCACUAUGCCAUAGCACAGGCCCUGCUUAUAUUGUUUUUAAAUCUAUGUUACUUAGGAAAACUUUACAUUCUAGGGGUCAUCAGCUAACAUUUAAUCAGAAGGGCUCCACUCACAAAGCAGCUACUCUAAGUACCUAAGAAGCUAUUCCUAAUAACCCUAAAGAAACUGUUUAUAAAUGGACAUUUGAAAUAGGCUGUUAGCACUGAAAUUAGUGGCAAUCAGUAUGUGUGAACUGUCUAAAAUACUUGGAGGUUAGAUAAACUCUGUAUCGUCUACCUUUCAUAAUGAUUCUUUGAGGGAAGUCUGGAAUUGAUUUAACAGUUAUGCCUUUACAGUGUCACAUCUAAAGAAAACCUUUUAUGGAAGGCACAAUGGAAACAUCUGAACGCUGAGUUUAUCAAGCAGACUCUGAACUAUUUUUGCACUGCUUACUAAUAAUUUUGUCUAAUAAAUAUUUAUUUCCAUGGCUGAA